GAUUGUUGCAGGGCUCAAUGGCGGACAGAGCAGGAUAGUCGCGUUAAUACCGAGGACAAAAACGUUUCGACUGGGAGAUCUGCGGUCCGCUGCCGCCGACUACUCCCCGGUACAGCGGCCGAACGAACAUUUUGUGGCACUAGCGUGAUAUUCGAAACAGUCAAAAGCUGUUUCUCCUCGCCUUUUUUUUUUUGCGUUAGCUUCCCCGAGUUCCCAUCCCGAGCGGAGAAGUUCAACUGUUCAUGGUGGCUUAGCACUAGCUUUGUAAGCAAACCAUGGGGGACUCUCUCGAAUUAAUCGGGAAGCGUCUGAUUUUGCUUCUCGACGACGGCAGGUCCACCAAUGGAUCAGAGUCUGAGCAGCCUGCCUGGGCCCGGGACUGGCUCCGAGGGACGGUGCGGGCGGUGAGCGUCAUCGGCCUGGCUGCUACGGAGGCUAGCGAAGGAGGGGAGGCGACAACAGCCAGCAGCGCUGCCGGGCUGACGCUGUUUCUGGAGUUUGAGAAUGCAUCGCAGCGAUGUUCGUGGGUGCAGGUGUAUGGCGAUAGAGUAAAAGCCAUGUUUGUGGAAGACUCAGUCGUUUGGGUCAACCCCAGUGAUGGUACGAGGACAAGUGGAGUCCCAGGACCGACAGCACCCUGGCCUGCUCUGGCUUUCCGCUCACUGGUGGACAGAGUGGGUUUAGGAUCGCUGGUUCCUGUGGAGUACUUUGGAACAAAGAAUUCAGAGUUUUUCCCAGAUGAUAAAGGUUUCAAAAGGUUUGAGAUUGAUAAAGAUAUGAGACACCCUCUGUUGUUGGAGCAGCCCUCGUUGCUGUCAGCCAUCUCCAGCUGGCACACAGACUUCAAACUGCAGGAGAUCUUCAGAAAGGGUUCAUUUUCCAUUCAAGGGCGCAGGGUCCGUGUGUACCAGCCUGAGAUGGAAGAGUGCUGGACAUUUGGAGUAGUCUCCCAGCACGACUCCAUCUCACAUGUUAUGGAGAUUACGUUGGAUAAGGGAAAAGACAAGCAGAUGGUGGAUCCUCGUGUGAUACAUGUGAUGCUAGCAGAGGAGGAGCCUGGAAACAAUGGACAGCGAAGGAAGGACAGCGACGCAUUGAAGGGAGACGGGCGCAGACGUAGGACCGCCUCAGAGGAUGGUGAUGAUUUGAACUUGAAACGGUUUAAAGGAGCAGGAAAUUCAGAAGCAGGUACCCAAAACUGUGGCAAUUCCAACAAAGCUCCAGAGGAAGGCGCAGGAAUCUGGGCUGGAGAUUCUGAGAGGGUCAGCAGCUCCACUAAAAACGGAACCCCCUCCGAGGGGACCUCUCCUCCAGGAAGCAUUUCUUCUCCCAACACCAAUUCCUCGGCCAACUUGGACCACUCCAGUGUUUCUUCACCUCUUUAUCCUGCCAUUAUCAAAGAAAAUGGUCGCCUGUUCCCUCCCCAAGGAGCAGCAGACUCAACCAGCAACAUUUCUCACCCGCCGAACCCUCCCCCUCUCAAACCGGCUCCUUCCCCUUUCUCUACCACAUCUUUUCCCUCACUAGGGCAGAUGCCGGUCCUGGUCCCUGGUGCUCCGGCCCCAAUGACCUCUCCAUCCCCCCAGCCGGACCGCGAGGAGGCCUGUCAGUCGGCUUAUUCUAAAACAGCCGCUCUUGUUUCCCCGGGUCCGGUCACUAUCUCUUGGUCCCAGGAUAGCAGACCCAGUGUAACACUGUCACCAUCGGUGGGAUUCAACUCUAAACCUCCGACCUGGGGAGGCCAGACAGAGGGUUCUAAAACGACACCCAACUUCUGUUUGUCCCAGGCUACCCCCACAGCUCCUGUGUUUGGAGAUGCUUUAUCCCAGUCCAACGGAGCUCCCAGCACUACCACAGCUUCCCAUGACACCACCAGGACUUUUGGCUUCGGCUUCGGUGGAGCAAAGAAUGAUAGCCGGCCUCUGCAGGACCAGAACCUCUUUUUUCAGUGCAUGACCCAGGGUUCUGGAACCAGCCCUGUUCUGACUGGUCAGACUCAAACCAAGGACACUAAUUACUUCAUUGCUGUGUCUGAGAGUCUGAGUAAAGAGUCAGCGACCCUUUUCAGGCCUGCAGCCUCUACUGAAGCACUGAAAAAACCUGAGCUGCCCAAAGUGCCUGAGGCCCAUCCUCUGGGAAAUGGUGCUUUCAACAAACCAUCAGCCUUCCAGGGCGCAUCUGCAGGUGGACGGGGUCCCAGCCUGCCUCUUGGUCUGGGGAUGGCCUCUGGAGCCCAAAGUGCUAUUAAGAACAACAAUAACAAUGGAACUCCUGAAGGGGGUUCAGUGCUACAGUCCAGUUUUAAUUCCUCAGAUGUCCACCAGAACCUUUUUCUGCAGGCCUCGAAAGAGUCUGCUAAUCCUUUUUUGUCUUAUGGAGAUAAAAACUCCCUAACACCUUUUGUAGGCCUCUCCGGGACUGAGCCACAAACUCUGGGUGUCUCUUUGGAUGCUAAGCCUAAUCUGUUCACUAUGCCAGAGCCACCUAAAGGUAUUCUGUCAUCCACCUUCCCAGCACACUCACCUUCAGCUAUAGUCAGCUCCUCUACCACUCCAUCACCAGCUCAAACUUUGCAGAGUGAGAUAGCUGUGACAAAGAAGGAGCAAGAAGUCGUAGAGAUGCCAACUUCGACAUCAGGCUGUCCGAUGCUCGGAAGCAGUACCUCUGGAGAGGUGAAGGAAACUGCUCUGUCCUUCGACCAGAAUCAGCAGCAGAAAUUUAGUCUUGAAGAUAGAAGUCAGUCGUCUAAACGUGACUCCGACUCCAGCACCAACAGUGACUUAUCGGACCUUAGCGAGAACGAGGACGGCCUGGAGAAAGACCAGAUCCCUGCAGGACUUCCCUUGCCUAACAAGGAUGGAUCUAUCCUUCCGAAAUCUAAGGUCCAGGUGGCUCCAAAGAGCCGUCCACGUAACAAAUCUUUUAAAGUGGGCCAGUCUGUGCUGAAAGAUCAGAGCAAGGUGCGCCGUCUGAAGCAGUCCGGUGAGUCCUUCCUCCAGGAUGGAUCGUGUAUCAGUGUGGCUCCUCACUUGCACAAGUGCCGCGAGUGUCGCCUUGAGCGUUACCGCAAAUACCGAAGCACAGAGGACGACAGUGAGGACGAAGAUGACCCAAAUGUGGCCUGUCGCUUCUUCCACUUCAGAAGGUUGGCUUUCACACGGAAAGGUAUACUGCGUGUGGAAGGCUUCCUCAGUCCUCAGCAGAGUGACGCCAUGGCGAUGGGUCUCUGGCUACCUGCACCAGCGAUCCAAGAGGGCCUUGACCUCGAUACAUCCAAGUACAUCCUGGCCAACGUUGGAGACCAGUUUUGUCAGCUAGUGAUGUCUGAGAAGGAGGCCAUGAUGAUGGUGGAGCCCCACCAGAAAGUGGCGUGGAAACGAGCAGUGCGAGGUGUUCGGGAAAUGUGUGACGUAUGCGAGACGACUCUGUUCAACAUCCACUGGGUGUGCCGUAAGUGUGGCUUCGGAGUGUGUCUGGACUGCUAUCGGCUCCGCAGGAACAGACAAAGAGAAGAUGUUGACGAAAUUCCAGAAGACGAGGUUUUCUCUUGGUUAAAGUGCGCCAAAGGCCAGCCUCAUGAGCCUCAGAACCUCAUGCCCACACAAAUUAUCCCAGGAACAGCUCUUUAUAAUAUAGGUGACAUGGUGCAUGCAGCAAGGGGCAAGUGGGGCAUUAAAGCCAACUGUCCCUGUGCCAGUCGACACACAAAGUCACUAAUGCGCCCCACCGCCCCUAAUGGAAUUUCACAGCAGUCUACAUCCAGCAGCGGAGGUGGCCUUGCAGUUUUACCUGGCGCUGCUACUAUUCCAAAACCAGAGGCAGAAACGACAGUAAUCAAAACAGAGACCAUGCAAACAGCGACGCCUUCAGACAGUGGGGGCGGGGGGAGUGUGGGUAGUACCAGUAACUCCGUUAGUACAUCCACUCCCUGCAAUGCCGCACAGUCCUCUGCCAAGGACUCCCGUCCGCCAGGAGAGGGCAACAGUUCCGCUCUGCAUUGGCUGGCAGACCUGGCCACACAGAAAGCUAAGGAUGACACCAAGGAAUCCGGCUCGCUUCGCGCCAUGAUGAGUAGAGAAAAUCGGCCCCCCUUUGGGCUGGACUCACUCAGUGCCCUUUCAAAGCCGCCUCCUUCCAGUCCGAAGCUCUUCAACAGCUUGUUACUCGGACCCAGCAUGACCCAGUCCAAACCGGAGGGGUCAAGUCUUCGGGAUCUGCUCAACUCUGGACCAGGAAAACUGUCUCAGGGUCCUGGAGAUAGCAGUGUACCUUUCCCCUCUGUUUUUACCUCAUCAAGUAGCGACAAGAUGAAGAGCAGCCUACCGAACUUCCUUGACCACAUCAUCGCCUCUGUGGUGGAAACUAAGAAAGCGGAGGGCCGUCGAUCCACGGCCUCCGAAGGGGGCGAGCUGGGAGUGCUGGGGGGUCGUAAAGAUGGCGUAAUGUGUCUUAGUGUAUUGGAACCACAUACCUCACACUCUUGGCUCUGUGAUGGGCGACUUCUUUGCCUGCAAGACCCCAGCAACAGCAACAACUGGAAGAUCUUUAGAGAGUGUUGGAAGCAGGGACAACCUGUGCUGGUGUCAGGGAUACAUAAACGCCUAAAAUCCGAACUGUGGCGGCCUGAGGCCUUCAGCGAGGAGUUUGGAAACCAGGACGUAGAUCUGGUCAACUGUAGAAACUGUGCCAUCAUUUCUGACGUAAAGGUUCGAGACUUCUGGGAUGGCUUUGAGACGAUCUCCAAACGACUGCAAGACAGUGACAGUAGACCCAUGGUGUUAAAACUAAAGGACUGGCCUCCAGGUGAAGACUUUAGGGACAUGAUGCCCACAAGGUUUGAUGAUUUGAUGGACAAUCUUCCUUUGCCCGAAUACACAAAAAGAGAUGGCCGUCUAAACCUCGCUUCACGGUUGCCCAACUUUUUUGUCCGUCCUGACCUUGGACCAAAGAUGUACAACGCCUACGGCUUAAUUUCGAGUGAGGACAGGAAGGUGGGAACCACCAACCUCCAUCUGGAUGUGUCUGACGCCGUCAAUGUCAUGGUGUACGUCGGAAUUCCUCAUGGAGAACAAAACCAGGAGAAAGAGGCAGAGAACUCUGGAUACAAAGAGGUCAUGACAACCAUCGAGGAGGGCGAUGUGGAUGAAAUGACAAAGAGGAGGGUACAUGAGGGGAAGGAGAAACCAGGAGCUCUGUGGCACAUCUAUGCAGCUAAGGAUGCUGAGAAGAUCCGUGAAUUACUCCGCAAGGUGGGAGAAGAGCAGGGUCAAGAGAACCCUCCGGAUCACGACCCAAUCCACGACCAGAGCUGGUACUUGGACCAGGGGCUCCGGCGCCGACUAUACGAGGAGUACGGUGUCCAGGGCUGGGCCAUUUUACAGUUCUUAGGCGAUGCUGUGUUUAUCCCCGCUGGAGCGCCACACCAGGUGCACAAUCUGUACAGCUGUAUCAAGGUGGCGGAGGACUUUGUGUCUCCUGAACAUGUGAGGCACUGUUUCAGACUGACGCAGGAGUUCAGACACCUUUCCACGACUCACACAAACCAUGAAGACAAGCUACAGGUGAAGAACAUCAUCUAUCAUGCAGUGAAGGACGCGGUCGGGACACUGAAGGCCCACGAACCUAAACUAGCUCGCCCUUAGUCGCCCACUCCACUACCUACACACACACACACACACACACACACACACACACACACACAACAUAUCUACACGAGUACAAAGUACAGAGAUUGUGUAUGUUGUUGGGGGGGAAGUGAAGGUCUGUAAUCUGGGGGGGAGGGAUGAGACAGGGAGGGAAUAAAUCAGCGCUUGAAUGAAGGAAGUCCUUCAUCGCUGUUACACAGUACUCUCUAACUUGUCUAGUUGUUUUUCUUCCCCCCCUCCCUCCCCUUUUUUGAUUAACGUUGUAUUUAAGGUCGGUGUGUUCUCUUGGUUUUGUUGUAAAUGUAAAACGUUUCAGUAAGGGAGGUAAAAAGCUGACGUGCCUUCAGAGCGGAGGUUCAGCUACCAUAUAAGCAAAAUGACUAAAUGUGAGUACUGGGCUAACAUUCUUAUUUUGAUGACAUGGUUCUGUUUUUCAUUAGAAGCAAGGUUAACCUGAUUUUGUUUUUUUUGUAGAUUUUCUUUCUUUAAAAAAAAAAAAAAAAUGAUGAUUUUUGCCGUCUGUUGCUUAAAGGAUUUGCAAAGCAGCCAAUCAAGGGAAGCUGACCAAAGUUUUGUAUUUUUAGUUUUCUUAUUUCUUUCAUUUAGAGUAAGAAAUCUUCCUUUUUUUAUGCAACGAGUGGAUUAGAUGCUUCAGAGACGGCAAUCUGUUUUUUUUCUUUUUUAACAACCAGGGGGUUUGAGGAAUUAAGAGCUCCCAGUUAUAUUGUUCAACAAUCCCAGUUGCAGCUGAACAGAACUACUGGCCAUUAACAUUGUAUCAAUAUAUAUAUUGAUCUUAGCAGUUGGAUUUCUUUUUCACAAUAAAAUUUACAAA